CAGUUCGCUUCCUUAUUCCGAUUAGUCUCGAGAUGUAAACACGGGUAUCUCGCCCUCAGCUGUCAGUCGCUAUCUUCUCUUUCUCUACCUAUCAUUUAUAACUCGUUUCCCUUUCAUUUUUUUCGCUAUAACAAACCGACAUGAAGAAGUUCUUUGACGACUUCAAGAAAGACAUUAAGUUCAAGUCAGCUGGACCAGGGAAGAAACUAACGGAAGAUACCAGCUCCAAUCGCCCAGUGGCGCAGAACAGCGCCCCAGCGAAGUCCCGCCACGCGCCCACAGAUGGAGCGCAGAGAGCCGGGGCGGCAGCUCUAGCGAGGAUUGAGCAGCAGCCUCGCCCCCGCUUACAGACGUCGCAGGAUGCCAUUCGCCUUCAGGUGAAGAAAGAGCUUGAGGCAGAAGCUUCAGCAAUGGCGUCUGAUCAAAAACUGGCAACAGAGGGUUCCAAGGUGCCAGUUAAGGAUCCCGCCAGUUUCUCAGUGUCGGGAGUGUACUUCACGUGUCCCCUCACCGGAGCCACCUUAACAAAGAGCGAAAGGGAGGUGCAUAUAAAGGAAGCCAUUCUCAUGCGCUUCGCAGAGGAUCCGGUGGAGGCGUCCAUCAUGAUGGUUCACACCUUCAACAGGGACAGAGAGAAAGUCAAGGUCGCCGUGGACAUCAUCAGCAAGUACGUGGACAAUAUCUAUAAAAACCCCACAGAGGAGAAAUACAGGAAGAUCAAAGUCAGCAACAAGAUCUUUCAGGAAAAGGUGAGCUCCGUGGAAGGCUCUCGCGAGUUCCUGCAGGCCGUGGGGUUCGAGAGCACCACCCUGCCCGUGGAGGGACAGGAGAACGAGGAGGAGUUCUUGGUGCUGGCUGAGCAGGAGCCUGAGGGACUGGAGCAGCUGAAGGAGAGGCGGGACAGGCUACAGAGCGGAGAGCCAAUCAGGGCUCAGCUGGACAGACGGACACAGGCCUUCCGUCCCUCCCCCAACGCCACGCGCUUCGAGCUCCCCCCCGACUUCUACAACCUCACGGCGGAGGAGCUGAAGAGGGAACAACAGCUCAAGACCGAGGUGGUGGAGCGGAACGCCAUGCUGCGGACGAAGGCCAUGCGUGAGCGGGAGGAGCAGAGGGAGAGGAGGAAGUACAGCUACGCCCUGCUGAGGGUCCGGCUGCCCGACGGGACCCUGCUGCAGGGCACGUUCCUGGCCAGGGACAGGGUGGCAUCGCUCUACCAGUUUGUGCGCGAGGCCCUGCUGGACGGCUGGCAGCCCUUUGAGCUGGUGGCUCCGGGGGGGCAGAAGCUGAAGGAGGAGGAGGAGGUGGCGCUGAACGAGUGCGGCCUGGUGCCGGCGGCUCUCCUGUGCUUCUCCUGGGACGCGGCGGUUCAGGCGGACAUCGCGGCUGCGGGGGGGCAGAGCUCCCAGCUGCUGAGGCCAGAGCUGCAGGAGAGCAUGCAGACCCUGAGCUGAGCAGCCUGCGCGGCGCCCCCCCCCCCCCCC